AUGCAUUGCCAUGCUGCGAAAUCAAACUUGAACAAGGAGAAAGCAAAGAGCGGGAAAAUAGGCAAGAAUAAUGUCUUGCAAAAUGGACAAAAAUGGAGGCGCAAGGGUGGGACAGGACAGGGAGAAUAUGCCACCGAAAAUAGCGAAAAGUGGAAAAAGGGGAACCUAAAUGGCGAUUGA